GUACUACCUGAGCAGCCGGAAGGAGAGCCCGUCUCUGGCCGCCGUGCCGGCCGACAGCUUCGCGGAGGAGGGGGCAGAGCCGGGAGGCACCACAAAUCCCUCCUUCCUGGCGAGAAGCACCGGCAUCCCCCCGCUCCGCCCCAUCCUGCAGAAGACCCUCACCAGCUUCCUCCUGUACAACUUUGCUGACUGGUGCGGGAGGCAGAUCACCGCCUGGAUCCAGGUCCCCGGCCCCAAGAGCAGGCUGCUGCCCGCCCAAAACCAACCCCGGGCUCACGUCCGGACGGUGGUCUUCAACCGAGACGUCUACCCGGUGGUCUUCACGGCGCUGCUGGGGCUGAGCAACGGCUACCUGGGGAC